UACCUGAUUCUCAGACUUCUUGGGGCUGGCCUCAGCAGGAGGCUCCUCCCUGGUGCUGUCUAGCCCUUCUUUUAUAGGUACUCUACAAGUACCAACUCCAUCUGCUGACUAUUGGAAAACUUUCCCUACUGCUCUCACUGCCUCCAAGGAGGUCCUUGAGGCCAACAGCCUCUCUCUACUUCGUGGUAGUCACCUUAACAACGCCUCAUCCCCACCAACACCUUCAAAGCUCGAAGCUUCAGUAAGAUCUUCAUUGGCAGGAAAUUGGCAGGAAAUUCAUGCCAUGUCUGCUGUUGCAGAGCGGGACCUUGGAUUUCCUGACCAAGAGCAAGAAGGUGGUAGGAUGGAUCACGACGCUGGACAAAGUGUCUUGCAUGUGCUGACAAUCCAUGAGGCUGGUGAUGACAUCGAUGGAACCACAGGAUUUCUUGGUGCACAGGCAGGCUCGAGAGCCAUUCUGGGGGAAGAGCCAUGGCAGGAGGAGAUAUGGCCGGAUACUGAGGAGAUCUGCACUCAUGUGGAAGAGGUCUGGCCUGAUAUCAAGGACAUCUGGCCUGAUGUCGAGGACAUCUGGCAUAAAGUCAAGGACAUCUGGCCUGAUGUCGAGGAAACCUGGCCUGAUGUCGAGGACAUCUGGCCUCAUGCCGAGGAAGUCUGGCCUUGUAUCAAGGAUAUCUGGCCUGUUGUAGAGGACCUCUGGCCUGAAGUCGAGGACAUCUGGCCUGUUGUAGAGGACCUCUGGCCUGAAGUCGAGGACAUCUGGCCUGAUGUCGAGGAACCCAGGCAUUCUAUCGAGGACAUCUGGCCUGCUAUGGAGGACAUCUGGCCUGAUGUUGAAGAACCCUGGUAUUCUAUCGAGGACAUCUGGCCUGCUAUGGAAGACAUCUGGCCUGAUGUUGAGGAACCCUGGCAUUCUAUCAAGGACAUCUGGCCUGCUAUGGAGGACAUCUGGCCUGAUGUCGAGGAACCCUGCCAUUCUAUCAAGGACAUCUGGCCUGCUAUGGAGGACAUCUGGCCUGAUGUGGAAGAACCCUGGCAUUCUAUCGAGGACAUCUGGCCUGCUAUCAAGGACAUCUGGCCUGAUAUCGAGGAAAUCUGGCCUGUUCUCGAGGAAGCCUGGCCUGAUAUUGAAGAGGACUUGUAUGUCUGGAAUAGCGACCAGGAGAAAGAAGUAGUUCAGGAGGAAGCUGAAAAAGACCAGGACUCCAAUAAUGAAGAAAAGGAGGAGGAAGAGGAGGAGGAGGAGGAAGAGGAGGAGGAGGUGAAGGAGGAGGAGGAGGACAACAAAGAUAACGACUAUGAAUAUGAGAAGAAAGCAGAAGAUGAGGUUGAGGAUCAGGGGAAGAAGAUCAUCCUGCAUGCUAUUGAGGGCAACGGAAGCCAUGGAUGAAGAUAGGAUCAAUUAAUCAGUUCUUUGUGGAUUUGAGAUCAUCUAACAUUCUUUAUCAUGUGGAAAGUUAUCAUCAGUGAUCCUAUUCUAAUAUUCUUCAUCCAAAUAUAUUUACUUAAAACUUCCCCUACUGUUUAUGCAUCCUUUA